UCCUCCUUCUCUCUGCAACAAGAAAAAAAAAGCCAUUUACAGGGGGUGAUGUGCAACUAAUUAAAGGCAGACUGGCAGCGUCUGCAAAUCCUAAGGCUCCCCAAAUAAAAAGAGACUGUUGUAACAGUUGGAGGAUAAUGCAAAGGAAGACGCUGCCUGGAAAUUCGCUGUCUGUGGAUAUGUGCCCCAGAGAGGAAUAAAGCAACCCUUCACGGUCUCUCCCCCCCCCCAACCUCGACCCAUCUUUCCUUCCUAACCAGGCCCCCACUCCAACACCAACCAUCACCCCCUUCCCUCCUCCCCACCUCCCCCCCUUUCCCGCCCAGGUGUCGGACCAGGCGCCCCCCUCUUCCACCCUGCACCCCUUCUUUCCCCCCUGCACCAUGAACACCAAUGUCUGCGUGGAGCCGGGGCCGAGCCCGGAGGCCCCGGGCUUGCCCAAGGAGAGCCACCUGCCCGAGGGCGCCCUCAACAGCCUUGUGGAUUACAACUCAGAGAUGGAGCGCUACCGCUCCUUUGCCACCUCCUUCUACAAGACCAACGGGGGCGCCUUCCCGCAGGCGGCCAAGAUCGCGCGCAUCACCACGCCGAUCUUCCCCAGCAGCGCCGCCGCCGCCGCCGCCGCCGCCCGCAUCGGCAUGUCCCCCUGGAACUGCGACAACGCGGCCACCGCCGCCGCCGCCACCGCCAUGCUCUGGGGCAGCGGAGGCGGAGGAGGAGGAGGAGGAGGAGGCGGAGGAGGAGGAGGAGGGGGCGGCGGCGGCGGCGGCGGAGGGGGGGGCGGCAGGAAAUCCUCCUCCUCCUCCGCCUCCUCCUCCUCCUCCUCCUCCUCCAUCCACCCGGGCAGCGGCGGCAGCAGCAGGACCAGCAUGCACCAUCGAAACGACUCCCAGAGGCUGGGCAAAGCUGGCUGCCCGCCAGAGCCGUCGUUGCAAAUGGCAAAUACUAAUUUCCUCUCCACCUUAUCCCCUGAACACUGCAGACCUUUGGCGGGGGAAUGCAUGAACAAGCUCAAAUGCGGCGCUGCUGAAGCAGAGAUAAUGAAUCUCCCCGAACGCGUGGGGACUUUUUCCGCUAUCCCGGCUUUAGGGGGCAUCUCAUUACCUCCAGGGGUCAUCGUCAUGACAGCCCUUCACUCCCCCGCAGCAGCCUCAGCAGCCGUCACAGACAGUGCGUUUCAAAUUGCCAAUCUGGCAGACUGCCCGCAGAAUCACUCCUCCUCCUCCUCCUCCUCUGGAGGAACUGGCGGAACCAACCCGGCCAAGAAGAAGAGGAAAAGGUGUGGGGUCUGCGUGCCCUGCAAGAGGCUCAUCAACUGUGGAGUCUGCAGCAGUUGCAGGAAUCGCAAAACGGGACACCAGAUCUGCAAAUUUAGGAAAUGUGAAGAGCUAAAGAAAAAACCUGGCACUUCACUAGAGAAACCGCCUUUGCUGCAUGUGAACAAUGUGAAUGGAGUUCAGAGCCCUUACACUUGCACCACAACCAGCACUUUACAAAGUUGCUGGAAUACGUACGAAACAUUUAGGAAUCUUCCUCUAAGAACACCUGUUCCCAGCGCUGAAGCAUUCCGAUGGUUCUUUUAAAGGUGUAGUGUAUCUUAUUUUCAAGGCAGUCGGAAGUGAAUGGCAAACUAAAGUCUUGUUUUAAGAAACUGCUUAGUCCACCACUGAAGAAAAUAUUCAGAUACUAUUUUAUUUUAUGUAUAGGGGUUUCCUCAAAAACAAACAAACCAACAAACCACAACAUGAAAAAAUCUGGGAGUGUGGGGAAUUGGCCAAUUAGUACACUGAUUAUUUCUUUCUUUGAUGUAACUUAGCUAUACUAGUGAAGUCGUUGUCUAUUUUUAAAGUGGCUGUAAAAUAAAAAAAGAAUAAUAAGUUUGGGUAAACCCCUGCUGUAAAAUCAUGUAUCUUUGCAAAGUACAUAUCUAUACUUCAUUUUCCAAAUAUAUGUGUUUCAGUACUGUAAACUGUACAGAUAGCAGCUUGUAUUUUGUGUGUUUAGACACAAGGAGACAAUCACGUCUGAGCAUCUAUGGAGAUUAACAGUUUGUACACAACAGUGUGGUUCUGCGAGUCAAAUCUGGAGCAAUAAAUUCUAGCUUUAAAUAUAUAUUUUUCUUUUUUCCAGUUGUUUAGUAGCAGUAGCAGCAGCAAAGCUGUUUGGCCAUGCAUCCUCCUGUAGAGACUUGAUGGCAAGUUUUACAAGAUUAAAAGAUUAUGAUGCAUCUAGCAAUUACCUUCAGUUGUAUUGUUGUAAAAGGGGAAGACAUUAUAAAAUUUUCAAUUAAUCUUUUGAGCACUAUAUUAGAGUAGUGGUUAUGCACUUGCAUUGCUUACAAAAGAGCUGUAUGGAAGAGGAUAUCUCCAAAGUACUUAGGAUAGUUGACUUGCCUUUGACUGCACUGGAAGGUGGAGUACUCAGAGUAGUAGGACAUGCAGUUAUAUAUUUUAAAAGAAGUGUUUUCUAGGAUACAGAAUGAAUAAAGCACCAUAUCUUAGGAAAAGAAUCCAUGGCUGACUAUAUGUGCCUGCUUGACUGCCUACCAUGGGCUACAAAGUAGGCUUUUUAAUAGUAAAAGGAAAACUUUAUAAAAUAUUUUAACUCCAUAUAUGAUAUUCAGUGGUUAGAUUUGUUUUUGAAUUUAGGUAAGUUGAGGCCUUCUGCAGCUAUGCAGGGCUGACUACAUUCAUAUCAACUAACAAUGAAUUGAACAUAGAUGUACAAAUGUGGCUCUUUAUCCCUUUACAUCUUUCUCUCCAUUGAGCCUACCUGGUGGCACCAAUGAUCUUCUAAUGUAGUCCCCCAGUGGAAGUCCCAUUAAAUCCACUCCCAUUCCAGUUACUCAACCAACCUAUUGGUUCCUGAGAAGACAUUGCCACACUACAUGGAAUAUGAAAAAUUCAAUCUGGAAUGGAAACACAGAGAAUCUACAUCUCACAGGACUGAUGUUUUCCUUUAUUUGUGGUUCAUCAUUAUCAUAACAAUUAUGGAUGUAUAGGCCAUUUCAUCAAUACAAAAAGUGUUUGGAAUGAUAGCUAUGUAGUAAAUUAAUUUGUACCACAGAGGAUGAUGACAAUUAUCUGCUUCACGAGUGACCCAAAAUAUUUGGGGGAGAGGGAGGGAAAGGAGCAAAUCAGGUUAAAUACAUAAAGUGUUCAAAGUUGUCAUGUUAUUUCCACCCUUUCCCCUUUCAUCACUGGGUUAUCUCAAUCCACAGACUUUCUCUUUCUCUCAUCUCCUUCCUUUCCCCUCCCACCUCAUUCACUUGAUGAAAAAAAAAGUAAUAAAUAGUUAGCAGAGAGGUUCAUUUGCCAAUGCAGCUUGGAGACAGCAAGAAUGACUGAGUGGUGGAAGGAAUCAGUGAACAUUAGAAUAGCAAAUGGAUUUUAUAGGACUAAGUUGUAGGUUUAAAUUGGGAGUGGCACAAAGGGCCAGGAAAGCAUAGGAGGCACUGUGUGGUCAGUGGACAAAUAUUAAUGUGUUUGUGAGUUGAUGAAUUUUAAAACAAAUAUUGGAAAGCCAAAAAGGUUUGCCCUAGCUUUCAUAAAAUCUGACAUCAAAUGCCUGCAAGUCUUCAGGGGCAAUAUCCUUUCUGAAGUAAACCCCUUGUGUGUUUCACUUCUCAAUGUUUUAGAAAAAAUACAAUAAAAUCACCAUAAAGACAAAAUGCUUUCUAUUCAUUAAUUUGGUUGUUUUCUAUAUGAUGUUUCAUUUUAGACAUUUUUGUCAGGACCUCUGUUUCUACUGUGGAACCAAUGAGAGCUCACUCUGUAAGUUCUUAACCAAAUUGCUGAACAAUUAAAAUGGAGCAUAGCCUGAUUUGCGCAGUUAGUUGAUACACUUACUUUGCAUCUUUUUUUAAUUGUCAUUACAGAAGUAAAACAAAAUUCAGUUCAGGCUACAUUAGGAGUAUGAUACCAUACAGAGACAUCAGCAGCAAUGUAUUCACUGUCUAAAAUGCCCUGAUGUUUUAUGUCUUUUUGUGUUUUUAAAUUUUGCUUUUGAAAGAACUGAUGGAUUUGUAUAUUGUAAAUGUGGUGUUUUACAUGUCAAUUCAAAAAAUUUUAAGAGAAACCUGUUAAUUAUUAAAACAGACAAGGGUAGAUUUUCUUUGAUUCUUGCAUACAUUUUUUAUUGAUAGUUGUUCCUUGACAUCAUAUAAUUUUUAUGUUUUGACAAAAUAAAACUAUGUUGUAGUGGGUGUAGAGCAUUCUGGUUGAUAAUACUUAAAGAAAGACAGUCCUUUUCUGGUUUCCAUUUUUCUCAUCACAGAUUAGGUAUUUGUAUAUUGGAGCAUUGUAUAUUAAGUUUAUAACUAAAAAUUUGAUUUUCUCACGAUUCCAAAAUACUUGCGAAAUGUAAAAGAUUUCAUCAUCAUUGUUAUUCCUUUUUUUUUGGGGGGGGACAUCAAGAAAAUUCAGAAAAUAAUUCUGAAGUAUUAUGGGUGUAUAUAUUAAAGACAACCCUUUUUUUUUAAAGUACACUAAAUAAGCUAUUGAGUGGAAAGGUUGCAAAAGAGGUAUGGUCCUAAGAGAGUGGUAUGUUCCCCUAGGUCCAGUGGGGAGAGAAACUCCCACUAACAUAGUUAGGUGGAGGAAAACAGAGUUAAAGGAUGGUAGUGAAGACAGGGAACAUGUUUCUACUUCAACAGGAUCAUCUAGCAACUUUGUGAAUGGAUGGAGCCCUCAGAUCAUAUUUCAUUUCUUCCCUGAGCUGCUUGGCUAUGUGAAAGGUGGGGCACUGCCACAAAGUGGUCUUAGGGAGCUGAUUCUUCACCCUUAUCCUAAGGGUUUCCAAAGAUUCCUUCUUCACCUGUGUGAUAGCGUGACCCUGAAACCUACUUCUUUUCCUUCAACCUACUCUUAGGUAGAGAACAGAGCUUACAGAGAAUUAGUAUUAAACACCCCCUAAGAGAAAGGAAUAGUCCCUGUAAUCAGAACCCCUGGCAUGUAAGUCAUACAAUUAAUGCUAAAUCAUAUAAAGUCUUUAUGCUGACAAUGUCUGUAAUCAAAUAAUGAAAAAAGAGAGUUGUUAAGUGAACACACCAUCCAGGGUUGAAGGCAUUCAGCAAAAAGCCGUAGUGGGUCUUUGAUCAUGGUUAGAUGCAUAGUGAUAUCAAACAGUUGGUUUUCAUGUAACAGCUAAAUGUUUCAGAUUUUGUUUUUUAUUAAAUUUGGCAGUUUCACACUGAGAUCUGUAUUCCUAGUGAAUAAAAGACAGCUACUACAUUAGCAAGGGUUCCAUUUUCACAACUGCAGGGAAGUUGGAGAUUUUUCAGAAAUGUGGGCCACCAAAAAAAAAAUGUACUCCUUUCACAGUGUUCUCCUAUUUCUGAACUGUGCAGUUAUCGAUUAAAUUUUCUAACAGAUAUUUGUGUAAGGUGUAUGUAUGCUUGUGCAAUUAUGAAAAACAGUUUUGGAAAACCGUGUAUUUAUUUUAAAAAAAUCACUUAUGGGGCAUGUACAAAAUUGUAAAAAAGAAAAAAAACACAUUCAAUUUGCCCAGUAAAGUUGUUUUUUGUGAAAUUUCUGUGUUGUUGAAUAAAGGACUUUAGUAUUCAA